CGACACCGUCGUCUACAACGCCCUCCUCGACGGCCUCCUCAAGGCGCGCCGCCUCGACGACGCCUGCAGGCUCUUCGAGCAGAUGGCCGCCGACGGCGUCCGCGCCUCCUGCUGCUCCCACAACAUCCUCAUCCACGGCUUGUUCCGCAACGGCCGCCCCGCCGCCGCGUUCGCGCUCUUCUGCGACUUGAAGAGCAAGAGGGGCCAGUUCGUCGACGCCGUCACCUACAGCAUCGUGAUCGCGCAGCUCUGCAGGGAGAAGCGCGCGGCGGAGGCCCUCGAUUUGGCGCGGGAGAUGGAGGAGAGGGGGUUGGCCGUCGAUUUGGUCACGAUAACUUCGUUGCUCGUCGGGCUGCACAGGAGCGGCCGGUGGGAGCUCGCCGAGCAGUUGAUGAAGUAUGUGAGGGACAGCUCGCUGCUGCCGAGCGUUCUCAGUUGGAAGGCGAACAUGGAGGCGGCGAUGAGAGGCCCCCACGACAGGGGCAAGGACUACACCCCGAUGUUUCCGGAAUUCGAAGGAAACUUGAACGAUGUCGUGAGCUUGAUCGGCCGUAAAUCAUGCGAAGAUAUCGAAGAAGAAGCUUUAUCGGAUGAAGAGACGAAGGACGAGUGGUCUUCUUCCCCUUACCUCGACCGUCUCGCCCGCAAGUUUGAAUCUUUCGACGACCCCCCUACGUUUACUCCGCUUAGAGGGCGGAGGGUGCAAAACAUGGGGACGAAGAGCUUCGACGUCGACAUGGUUAACACGUACUUGUCGAUCUUUCUAGGCAAGGGGAAGUUGAGUGUGGCUUGCAAGCUAUUCGAGAUCUUCGCUUCGUCGCAAAAGGACGCGACGAGCUACACAUACAAUUCGUUGAUGAGUUCUUUCGUCAAGAAGGGUUACUUGAAAGAGGCGUGGGCGGUUCUUCAAGAAAUGGGGAGCAAGCUAUGCCCUAGCGAUAUCGCGACGUACAAUGUAGUCAUCCAAGGGCUUGGGAAAAUAGGGAAAGCGGAGCUCGCGAGCUCGGUUCUUGAUCAGUUAUUGAAGAAAGGCGGGUAUCUUGAUAUCGUCAUGUACAACACAUUGAUCAAUGCGUUAGGAAAGGGCGGAAAGAUCGACGAGGCGAACCAACUUUUCAAGCAAAUGAUCGGAAGCGGCGUUAAUCCGGAUGUUAUCACUUUCAAUACACUCAUCGAGGUUCAUGCGAAAGCUGGGAGAGUCAGAGAGGCAUACAAGUUUCUGAGAAAGAUGCUCGCCGCUGGUUGCUCUCCGAACCAUGUUACUGAUACUAUACUGGAUUUUCUCGAGAAGGAGAUUGAGAAGUCGCAGCACGAAAAAGCGUCAAUUGUGCGCCAAAAUGCAGAAUUCAACAAAGAUUUUUCGGUCUGAUAGGAGUGAAAUUUCUUUUAUAGAAUCAGAAAAGGCGUGGGAACUCCCAUGUUGUAGCUUAGAAUAUAAAAUCAGAUCAUAUUAUUUAUUCCUUUCUGUGAUGAUAAUUUCAACAAUAAUACAAUUUUAUAGUUGUAUCUACAUACUGUAUAGCUGAACUUGGCGUAGAAUAUCUAACUACUGCAUUUCUACCUAUGUCAAAAUUGAGCGUAGUUGGAAAUGCAGUAGCCAAGGAGAGUACGGACUCAGUUUGGUGUUGAAGAUCAUUUAAUGCUAUUAGGCAAGGCGGAGUUGGAGCUAAAACAUGCAGAGACAUAUGUAUCUCCGCUUUAUACAUACUAUAGUUGGACUUAGUAUUGAAGGGCUAACUAGUGCAUUUCGAUCCAUGUUGAAAUUGAGCAUACUUGGAAAUACAGCGGCUUAGUAAGGACUUGCU